UAGUUAAUUUUUAAUGGUUCAUGGCUAUUUGCAUCCAGAUCACCAGUAUAAAAGCAAACAGUGAACCCUAUAAUUUAUUUCCUGUCUAACCUUCUCCCAGCAAAGGUUUUCCAUCAUGAAUUUCAACACCCAGUUCAUAACGUUCACUGUUAUUCUGCUGUGUGCUCAAAGUUUUACUUUGGAUGCUGCAAGCACACUGAUCUACAAAAACCUGAAACUUAAAGUAGCUAAUGCUGAGAUGGUACAUACAAACCAAGUGAGAAGCAUCAUAAAUUUGAGAGAUCUGCUUCUGAAAAAAGCAAAAUACUCAAGAGAUUGCAAUGAGCUUCUUCAACGAGGAUUCACUGAAGAUGGCCUCUACGUGAUCCAGCCACAACCACUAGACCAAACACCACCCAUUGUGAUCAACUGUAACAUGAGUUAUGACUGCAGUGGUGGAUGGACAGUGCUGCAUCGGAACACCAGACAGAGCGAGAUGACAUGGAAUGAAACAUGGACUGCGUACAAGUAUGGGUUCGGCAAUAUUCAGGGUGACCACUACAUUGGCAAUCAGUAUAUGUACUACCUAACCAGCCAGAAAUGGUACAAAGCAAGAGUAGUAAUAGAUGAGGAGAAAAAUGGUUGGACUCAACAGAGCUAUGCUGAGUAUGAUAUUUUCCGGUUGGGUGAUGAGAGCACACACUAUAGAAUGCAACUUGGUGCAUACAGGGGUGGUGCUGGAGAUGCUUUGGCAACCUUUGAAAAUAUGGUUGAUAAUUUGCCAUUUAGCUCAAGGGAUAAUGACACUGAUGGUGAUGCAGCUAACUGUGCUUCCAAGUAUGGUGGUGGGUGGUGGUUUAAUACUUGCUCAAAAAAUAGCCCCUUUGCCAUGUUGACCCAAAAAGAGAACAUUCACUGGAAACCUUUCUGCCAAAACUGCAGGCAUGUCGUUCUCAUGGUCAAACCUGUCAGUAUGUAUUGCCGCUCUGAAGAAAUGACACAGUAGAUUCGAUAUUGUUUUAUUACAAAAUGCAAAUGAUUCUUUCUGAAAUCAGUUACUGGAACAAUAUAAUCCAGAUUGUUAGUGUAGGAACUUUUGGUGUAGUUGAAAAAUAAAAUUCAUUAAAGCACCCACGUA